AUGGGGAUAUUGGUCGUUCAAGCCUCUAACCAAAUGCCAUGUCGCCUGAAUUAUCCUGUUCCUUUUGCCUUUGCAGAGACAAACAUAUAUAGCAUUACGAUCGAACCACUUUCAGCACAUUCACUGCCCAAAUGCCGUCCGCCAGAGAUGUUGUCUACUACCUCUUCCACGUCCAGGAGCUGCGCGCCAUCAUCCAGUGAUGACAUGGCGGAAACCCGUCCACCUGCGCGACGAGAGCAAGGAGUCGCGCAAUGUGAAGGAAUGCUACCGCUUCCUCGCGUUGACAUCGCGCUCAGAAGGAGCCCUUACCACGUAACUUCUACACCCACAUCGACGACGAGAACUGGACCCUUCGAUGGCAGCGGCCCCGAUGAGAAGGACAGGGAGGUGCUCGUCAAGUUCGACUGCGUAGCCAGAGAGUUUAAUCUGCUCAAGCACGAAUACAGGGCCAUCAUUAAGGACAUCGCCAAGGGAAUGGGCAAUUUCAUGGCCGACUACGCGAAAAUGGCAGAUGAAAAUGCCAACGGUCUGAGUGUCAAGAAUAUCAAGGACUAUGAGCUAUACCGUCACUACGUUGCAGGCCUCGUCGAUGAGGGGUUAACACGGCUCUCCUGCAGCAAUAUCCGCGACAUCCGGGAAGAUUACGACUCCAAACGAUAUUUCUGGCCAGAGGAAGUCUGGUCCAAGUACGUGGAAAACUUCAGCGACCUCUUCUUGCCGCAAAACCGGGAGAAGGCACUGCAACGCAGCAUCAACCUUCAACUUUGUUGCUAUACCGCCAACAAUGGCGAUUGCGACGCUCGAGCUCUGCUUUCAAAACCCAGCAAUCUUCGACCGGAACAUCAAAAUCUCAAGGGGCUCAGCGUGCCAAAUCAUGAUCGAAUCAACACGGGACUUUCAACAUGUCUGCGAAGUGUUCAGGCGGUAUGCGAGGGUGAUCCGUCGAAAGAACAACCCCAGCGAACCCCCAUUUCCUCGAUAUCAACAUUGCCUGCGGCAAGAUUGAGCGUUUCUUUGAGAGUAAUUUCCCAGAAGAAGCGAAGAGAAAUACGCACAAGGCGGAGGCGAGGAAGGGGGUGCGAUAUACCUGGUGGUUGCAACUCUUGGUGUUAUCACAGCUGUGAUGGCUGGCGCCAGCUGGUUUCAGAGUUGAAGCGAGGCAACCUUUCCUCACCCUAA